AUGUCCAUGACCGAUCUUAUCCCCGCUGCCGACAUCUGCAAGGCCAUUGCAGCCUGCAAGGACACCUUCAACCACAAGAAGUUCUUUGCAGAGCUCGGACUGAAGAAACGGAGCAAGGAAGAGGUCACGAAGGUCUUCCAUAUCCUAGACGCGGACCGCAGUGGCUUCAUGGAGGAGGGCGAGGUCAAGUUAAUCUUGAAAGGUUUCUGCAAAGAUGGGCGGGCGCUGUCUGACAAGGAGACCAAGGACCUUCUACUUGCAGGAGACAAGGAUGGCGAUGGCAAGAUCGGUGUGGAGGAAUUCACAGCUCUGGUAGCAGAGUGCUAG